CGUCUCUGUAACUUUGCCGUCGUUGCGCACCGACUGUGUUCGUCUCACCGAGAAAAGAUGUAAUUGCAGUACGCAGGUUUGGCUACAAUGCGGUGGUUGCUGCAGGGAAGGGUUAGUUUGUGUAAAUGUAAAGAAAGGUUUGAUUUUUUUCAGCAGAGAUGUGGUUUAGUUAACGUAAAGUUGAAAUGGGUGAAAGAUAAAGAACUUGAUGCUGUUGUGAUUCGUGAAAAGCAUCUUAAAGCUGUGUGUAAUCUCGUUUCGGUUAUUUCGUCUUCUCCUGAUUUGAGACUACCCAUCUUCAAGCUUUUGCCUCACCGUGGUCAGCUUGGUUUACCUCAAGAUCUUAAGCUUUCUGCUUUUAUUCGGAGAUACCCCAAUAUUUUCGUGGAGCAUUGUUAUUGGGAUAGUGCUGGUACUCGUGUUCCUUCCUUCGGUUUAACGCGUGAGGCGAUGGACCUUUAUUGUGAAGAAGCUGAUGUUUUAAGGGUGGAUACAGGGGAUGUUCUAGUGAGGUUGUGUAAACUUCUUAUGCUUACUUGUGAAAGAACACUUCCUCUACAUUCCAUUGAUCACCUCAGGUGGGAUUUGGGUUUGCCGUAUGAUUAUCGAGAUUCAUUGAUUCCUAAGCACCCGGAUUUGUUCUGUUUAGUGAAGUUGUCUACCGACCUUGUUGGUUUGAAAUUGAUACAUUGGGAUGAUAGCCUCGCUGUUUCCCAACUGCAACUGAGAGAGGCCGUUGGAGAUAAUGAUCAUAUGGCCUUCCCUGUGAAAUUUACGAGAGGGUUUGGAUUGAAGAGGAAGAGCAUAGAGUGGCUCCAAGAAUGGCAGAGACUCCCUUAUACGUCACCUUAUGUUGAUGCAUCUCAUUUGGAUCCAAGAACUGAUUUGUCUGAGAAGAGAAAUGUCGGAGUGUUUCACGAACUUCUUCAUCUAACAAUCGGGAGAAAGACGGAGAGGCAAAACGUUAGCAAUCUUCGUAAACCGUUUGCACUUCCCCAGAAGUUCACCAAAGUAUUUGAGCGUCACCCUGGUAUAUUCUACAUUUCUAUGAAAUGUGAUACACAGACAGUGAUCCUUAGAGAAGCAUAUGAUAGGCGGCAUCUCAUUGAAAAGCACCCUCUCGUUGAAAUCAGGGAAAAAUUUGCAAACAUGAUGAAUGAAGGGUUUUUGGAUAGAAGUCGGGGGCUGUAUCAGAGAUCUGUUGAGACUCACUUGGGGAAGAACAGUAGCAAGACAGUUUAUCCAGUUUGGUCAGACGAAGAAGAAGAAGAAGAAGAAGAAGAGUCGGACAAUAAUCUGAUAUCUGGAUAUGACUCUGAUUGUCCUGGAGUUGAAGAACAUAAACGCCUGUUUUAGUAGUGAGUACUGUGUUCCAAUGGAAACAAAUGACAGGCACAAGUUCUUUGUUACAGUGGUACAAAACCAAGACAUUGCAGAAGGUGGUGUGAGAGUUAAAAGAUCACAUUCUACAUCUCACUCUAGCAGCCUGAGCUUUCGGCAUCAAAUGGGGUUCUCCAUCUAAAGUCAGUCACUGAAUCACCUAUGAUGUAACGCAACAGACGACAUUCUCAAGUGAGCUUUUAGCAUUUUAUAGCUAGCAAACAAAAGCUGGUUUAUUAGUGCCACAACGAGGACAUAUAGCAUUGCACUUAGGAAUUGUCAUGUUUGACGUGUGAAUACACAUUUAGUCAAUUUGAGUCAUGACAUGUUGUUUUCGGGAAGAUGAUUAUUGGUCUAAGGCAUACAUUGGAUCGUUAAUAGUAAGGUUGUUCUAUAUUUGUCGUU